GUAAGCUGCAAAGUGACACUAGUCGUAAAGUGGAUUUGUGAUUUGCGUACCUUAACAACUAGUUUACAGGUCUACUAGUGAGUCGGUAUCAGCCUCGUUAUUGUAUGAGCUAACGCGAUCGGACAGCGAAGAAAGUGAUCAAGCCAGCAUUAGACUUCAAACAGAUGACCACUUAAGGUGGUGUAUGCAGAUCUUAAAUCACUCUCUAACGCUCUCAUUCUACACCCAUCGAGAGUAUGAGACAGUUCGUGGUGCAGUACGUAUAUACCUACAUUGGUUACAAGCGCUUACUGACAUUCCAGAUGGAAACAUACCAAGACCAUUACUGGACACGCCAGAGAAAUAUUUUAGGAACAUUAUUGAUGCUCUACGGAACUUGUUCUGCCGUCGAAGUGAUGUGAAGGGAGAGGUUCCUCGAGGCUUAGCCAUUGAACGACAGGCUCGCGAAGUGGAGACUGUUCUGGAUGCUAUAAGUACGUUGACACACUCAGCGAGCCACAAGUACCAGAACGAGGUAACAGUGGUUGAGUCAUGGGCUCGAAAGUUGUUGGCGUUGACGGUACUCGUUUGUCGGUAUAUGUAUGGGGAGGACUACUGUAAGAUUUUGAUACAUGAUGAAAGCAUCACACCAUUCGCCUGUCUCCCUCCAGGCGAAGAAGAUGACGAUUUGCUAUAUCACAGCUGGCGUAAUUUCUUCUCGCUCAUGGAUUCGCCAGCAGAUAUCUUAGCUCAUGAUCCAGCUCAGAACAAACCUAUUAGCGUAAUUUCUUUUCGCUCAUGGAUUCGCCGGCAGAUAUCUUAG